AUGCACUUAUCACCUCUCAAACAACGGCACAGUUAUUUCGAAUUCAUCUCCAAUUUGACACGACUCGGAAAACCACCGCUAGUAACUACUACCACCACCACACCAAACGAAACACCGAUGCUCAAACUUCACGGAGAUGCUCGGUCGACCUGCACCAAGCGGGUAGCUACUAUCCUUUUCGAGAAAGCCGCGCACUUCGAGCUUGUCCCAGUCGUCGGCGCGGCCAGCAAAUCAGCCGAGUACAAGGCUACAAUGCAACCCUUCGGACAAAUCCCUGUGCUCGAAGACGACGGAUACUUCCUUUACGAAUCGCGCGCCAUCGGACGCUAUAUUGCGGAAAAGUACCGCGACCAGGGCACAAUGGGACUUAUUCCAAACGGUGACUUGAAGGAAAUGGGACGAUUCGAGUGUGCAUUGUCCAUGGAAGCGACCCAGUUUCUUCCUGCGGAACUCCUCGCAUACGAGGCUGCCUUCAAACCAUUCAAAGGCGGCAAGACGGACCCUGCGGAAGUCGCUCGUCUCACAAGCGAACUUGCAGCAAAACUCGAUGCGUAUGACCAAAUUCUCGGCAAAACCAAAUACCUUGCAGGAGAUUCGAUCACUCUCGCCGACCUCUACCACAUCCCGUACGCCGACAUGUUGACCAACUUGCUCAAGAGCGACCUUCUCACCAACGAGGCUGCUCGUCCCAACGUUGCUCGCUGGUACCACGACAUUACUUCGCGUCCAAGCUGGCUCGCGGUCAAAAACGGAGUGCCUGCGUCGGCGUGA